AGAAAUUCUGCCUCGGAAGAUUAAAAUAUACAUCUGACAAAUGACGCAGGGCACGUCGUAUGACUCCCAAUACUCUGCCAAACCGAAGGGAACGGGGACGAAGCAUAUGAGUCGCCAAACACGUCUGGGAAUGGGGACGGGUGAACCCUAAAAAGAGCGCCCGCUGACCGGAGUUCAGUUCAGUUGCGCGCAGUUCAGUUCAGGUAGCUCGAGGGGCUGGAGCCCUAACAGGCGGGACCGACCACGGCGCAGUCGUGGUAAACCGGGACGGCGUGAGCCCGGGAGUCCGUUAGGCUUGCGUUUCGUGGAGAAGGUUUCGCUCGAGUGUCACCAUCGGACGGUCCGGAACCGACGUCGCGAUCGACGGUUCGGGGCGGGUGUUGUUCGUGCUACCAUAUGCCGGGCAAUUCGACCUAAUUCUUCCUCUUCCCAUCUCUCAAUCCUCUGCUUCUGUUGCUGCUGCGUUACGCUGUCGCGAUGGCUAAAAUCAAAGUGCAUGAAUUGCGCACUAAGUCGAAGGCUGAUCUCCUCAAUCAAUUGAAGGAGUUGAAGGCAGAGCUUGCCUUGUUGAGAGUGGCUAAGGUCACCGGUGGUGCCCCUAACAAGCUCUCUAAGAUCAAGGUGGUGAGGCUGUCCAUCGCCCAGGUGCUGACUGUCAUUUCCCAGACUCAAAAGGCACACCUUCGCGAGGUUUACAGCAAGAAGCGAUUCUUACCCCUUGACUUGAGGCCCAAGAAGACCCGCGCCAUCAGAAAGCGCUUGACCAAGCAUCAGAUGUCUCUCAAGACCGAGAAGCAAAAGAAGAAGGAAGCCUACUUCCCUUUGAGGAAGUACGCCGUGAAGGCUUAAGUUUAAUGUUCCGCGAAUACGCUGAGUUGUCAUGCUGAGUUCCCUUCUGACAGGAUCUAGAGUCCUAUACGAUUUCUGCUGGAUGUACAUCUUGUGAAUGAACAUCAUUGAGUUCGCUCCUCCACAUUGUGUUGGACGAGUUGUACAACGUAGCCAAAUGUGGUCCACCGGACACGAAGGUUACCGCUCAAACCGUUCAUAUCGAGAGUAAAUGUACACCAUCAUCAGGUGAUAUUGCAUAAGUGAUACCCAUUUUUUGCCGGUUCAUAUACAUCAUUAUCAUGAAACUGUGUUCAAUUUUUUAUGAAUGUGCUUGUACAUGCGUUCAUGGCAUUUUUCAUU